UGCAACUCGACGCACGAAUCGGUCCUCUCUUUCCUUCGACGUGAUAUCUCUCUCUCUCUCUCUCUCUUCUCUCUCUCUCUCUCUGUGAAUCCGACGGCGGAGAAGGCGCCGAUCAUGGAUCUGGAGGUCGUCGGGCGCCACGCGCUCCUCUUCGACGACGACCCCAUGGCGGCGUUCGUGAACUCGCCGGACGCCCUGGUCGCCUGGCACUCCCUCUCCAUCGACCGCUACGACGUGCGCCACCUCCUCUCCGCUCCCCCGCCGCCCCGCAGGGCCCGCCGCCCCCUGCCUCCUCCGGCGGCGGCGGCGGCGGCGGCGGCCGAGGCGGACUCCUCGGUGGAGCCGGAGCUCGAUCGCGAGAGGUACCUGGAUUUGCCGCCGCCGACGACGACGACCGAUGAUCAAGAGCCAGAUGCAGAAACUGGGACAGAAACAGCAAAUGAUGGUGGAUAUCGUGCUGUGGCAUUCUCAUAUGGAAAACCUGAUGAUGCCAUGGAUCAGAAGACAACAGAUGCUGAUUCCGGAUACCGUCCUCCAUUCCCAGUUCCGGAAUCUUUGCUUCAAAACCUGCCUCCGACUGAGAAGGUACAUCAGAUCAUUGCAAGAACUGCUAUGUUUGUUGGUAAACAUGGUGGGCAAUCGGAGAUUAUUUUGAGGGUGAAACAGGGUGACAACCCAACGUUUGGGUUCUUGUUACCGGAUCAUCAUCUUCAUGCAUACUUCCAGUUUCUUGUUGAUCACCAAGAACUUCUUAAGUCCGAUACAGAAGAAAAAUCUUUAGAAGGUGAGAAUACAGUGGAUGGUGGGCAGGAAGAUACUGGUGGUGCACUGUCUUUGCUUGGUGCUACAUAUGGAUCUGGAGACGAUGAAGACGAAAUAACUGAGCUAAGGCCUGAACUUGAAGAAGACAAGCCUAAGGAAAUUAAUGUUGUUGCUGAGCCCAGUUCUGAUGGAUUGGACUGUAAAGAGCCAUCCAUUGAUGUAGCUGGGAAGGAAAGAUCAAUUUCCAAACAUCCACCACAUUUAUCUACGAAAGAAAAGGCUUCCACAGUUAAAAAGAACUGCUCAACUUCUACAGUUAAAGCUGGAGCUGAAUUUGCAACAAAAAAAGGUGGCGAAACCUUGUCCAGUACUGCUGCUGUGAAGUCCUCUUCUUUACCAAAUUCAAAGAAGGUUGAGCAACCUCUUUUGGAGCCUCCAUCUGAUGUCAAGCGAUUGGUUCAUAAAAUAGUGGAGUUCAUUGUGAAAAAUGGAGAGGCAUUUGAAUCUGUUCUCUUUGAGCAAGAUAAAAAUCAUGGGAGGUUUCCCUUUCUUCUGCCGUCUAAUCAGUAUUAUCCUUACUAUUUGAAAGUGCUUAGAAAAGCUCAACAGUCAAAGUUACCAGGACAGAAAUUGAGUCCGGAGAAGAUUGAUGCAGCAGGUCAUGAGAUGGAAAAGAAUGCUGCGCUCUCAAAGGACAGCGAUAGUCAAUCAGUUGGAUCGGAUAUACCGUACGAGUCAGAUCGCAAAGGGAAGUUUAAGAUGGUAAUUGGCAAGAGUAAGAAGGAUGGUCAGGAUCAACCUUCCAGAGACCACCAACAGCAAAUGGGGGUAAGUGUUGAUGCAGCCGCAGCUGCCGCUAUACUUCAAGCCGCUAGACGGGGAAUUAAGAAUCCCACUCUGGGUAUUUUCCCAAAAACAUCAUUAGACGCUAACAGUCAUGCACGAGGCAGCGAGAGUGGAGAGGCUUCAAGUUUUGCCCAUCUGCAAAAUCCAGAUAAGAAAGCUGAAAAUACUAUUUCUCUCCCAUCUGAUGAGGCUAUUGCAAGGACUGCAGCUGUUGUGGCUGCGAGUGAGGCGGACUCCUCUGAAGCAUCCUUGACUAAAGAAGAGAAGCUCAAGGCUGAAAGGUUGAAACGUGCAAAGAUGUUUGCAGCCUUGUUGAAGGUUGGAGCCGCACCAUCAAAGACUCAAUUAUCACAAGGCUUGUCAGUGGAGCCACCUGACUCUGGACUUUCUGGUUCGACUGGGGUUCCAAAUACUUCCGGCCAUGAAAGAGAGGGCAGUUCCUUUCCAGUUGACUUUGGCAACUCAGACAUAAAUCAGAAGUCUGAAAGGAAAGCAUCAGGGAAUGAGCAAAAUGAGCGACGAUCAAAGAGAAAGUACCGUUCAAGAGCAGAAAGACACGAAGAACAGGAAGAUGAGGAAGAGCAAGAAGAAGAAGAAGAGAGGGGAGAUAAAGAUGAAGAAAGGGAUCACAAGCACUCAAUGAAGAAGAGACGAUCUCACCGUUCAGACCUUAGUAAAGAGAGGCAUAGGCACCGGAAAGGACAUUCUUCUUCCAAGGACAAAGAGUCUCGGCAUAGGCAUAGACAUGAUAGCUCGGAUGACGAACACCAUCAGCUUAGACACGAUAGCUUUGAUGACAAGCAGCGGCAUCACCGUCGCCGGCAUAGACAUGAUACCUCUGAUGACGAGCGGCGGCAUAGCCAUCGUCGGAAUAGACAUGACAGCAUUGAUGAUAAGCAUGAUGGCUCUUCUGAUGACAAGCGGUGGCAUAGCCGUCGUCAGAAUAGACAUGACAGCUUUGAUGAUAAGCAUGGUGGCUCAUCCGAUGACCAGCAUAAGCCCCCCCAUCAUCGGCACAAGCACAAUCACUCUUCGGACGACGAGGAGCAGCGCCGCGUUAAUAGCCGUAGACAUCGUGACUACUACAACGAUGAGACAGACCGUAAUAAAUCUGGCAAGCAUAGGAAAUCUCACUCAGGAAGGAAGGAGUUGGAGGAAGGGGAGAUAAGCGCAGGAUCGGGUGAGUCGAAAGUGCUUGAGAGUGACAGAAUUGCCAGAGAAGCUUCGGCUGGUUUAUCAAAUAUAUCUCAAGCACCAAGGGCGCCAUCUCUGCCCUCUGAGGCAUCUGAGGUUCCCAAUGACCUUAGAGCAAAGAUCCGAGCUAUGUUGAUGGCAACCAUGUAGAUACUUGGGAUCUCGACUCUUCCAAUGCAUUCGUACACCUGGCUGUUCAAUUUAGCAAUCAAGGGAGGGAAGAUCAUCGUCUGUCAUAAGUCGUAAGAUUUACUUAGCCUCCUUUCUUUGAUUGAAAUUGUUUGUAAUCUCUUUGAGCAGUUUGUAAUUUGUAUCACUGUCGACCUAAUUGAAACAAAUUAGGGAUCUGUUAAUUGGUGCAUGAAAUGAUCCCAUCCUACCUCCUGUGACGGGCUUGGAGAAUUGCCAUGCGACAGCACCGGCCCAACAGCGAGCUUGCUUCGAUUCGUUGGUCUUGGAAACUUGUUAACCAGACGAACCGGAGGCUGAUAGGAAUGGCUGGAUUCUGCAGCUUGAUUGAUUUUUUCCAAUAGUUAGAACUGUAUUAUGAAAAGACCGAUGAAUCAAGUUAGCAGAUUGUUUUUUACUUCUAUCUGA